AUGGAAGAAACUCAGGUAAUCAUUGUUGGAGGUGGACCAGCAGGUCUCGCCCUGGGACUAUCACUAGCCCGACUAAAGAUCCAUUCCGUCAUUCUUGAAAAAGAAGCAGAGAUCACCACAGACCCCAGAGGCGUAUUCCUCACCGGAGAUGCCGUCAGAAUACUACACAGCCUCGGGAUCAACGAUCUAGCGGGCAUAGGUCAUGAAAUGCCACAUAUUAAUGUUCAUCGUGGUGCAUUCAAUGCUCCCUCAUUCUUCUCAAUUCGCAUUGGGGACAUCAACAGUCUUGAACAAGCCUUACCUGAAGGCAUUUUGCAAAUGCAGCCCCGUCUAGAGGGGGCUUUGAGGAAGGCUAUUGAGGAGUCAAAGUUCUGUUCACUACGUACAGCCUGCGAAGUGGUCUCGCGGUCUGAACAAGAUCCACCAGUGAUCAACUUCAGCGACAGCCAAGGCACACGACAGCAGAUCAAAGGAGAAUGGCUCAUCGGCGCCGACGGAAAACUAGGUAUUGUCCGAAAGCGCUUCCUAGAACCAACAGUGGGCAUCAAGCAAGAAGCUGGACUCUAUCCUUACAGCGGUACUUGGAUAGCCGCCAAUCUGAAGAUGAAGCUCCCGACUCCCGAGACUCAUCCUGACUUCCCACUUUGGAAGUUUGGGUACUCGCCACAAGAGGUUUAUGAUCUUUUCUGGCCUAUCGGGUGGCACUUUUGCACCCCGCCUGGAAAGGCUACUGCUUCUGGAAGAUUUGGUCCUUAUGAGGAAAGACUUUGGCGUCAUGAGUUUGCCCAGGAUGAGUCACUUAUCAAGGAUAACUCGGAGGAGCUUUUCUGGGAACAUAUUACGCCGAUGAUCACUCUCAAGGGAGACAGCAGUCGCAAGCAAAGGUUUGACGGCCCCGUGCAGUACCCACGAGAUUGUAUCGAGAUCCUUCGCUGUCGGCCAUUCCACUUUGUUCACAAGGUUGUUGAUCGCUGGUUCAGUGGCCGUACAAUCCUGAUUGGCGAUGCAGCUCACGUCUUUCCACCUUUCGCAGGUCAAGGAAUUGGCAGUGGCGUCAGAGACGCUCACCAACUUGCAUGGAGGUUAGCUCUGAUGCUCCAUCCAGAUGCCAAGCCCGAAAACCACGACAAACUGCUCAAGUGCUGGGAAGCCGAGCGACGUCAUAGCAUCAACGACGCAGCGCGAUUCUCCAUGAUCAACGGCCGCAUCUGCAACAAUGAGCCAUCUUUAUGGUUACGUUUCUGUUUCCGGCUUUUGAUGUCUCUGCAUGGCACGCCUCUUUUUCGGUAUGUGGACUAUAUGUCUUAUAAAGAGAAGAAGGGCUUUUCGGAUGUUGAAAAUGGGUUCUUUGUCAGGGGACGAACAGGUGGUUCCCGUCUGCCUCAGAUACACAUGAGAUCAAAAGGCCAAGUAGGAUCAUUCUUAUCGGAUGAGCUUUUACGAAAGGACAAUACGAUCUUCACUCUGGCGGUUGUUAGUGACGGGGAACGAGCCAAUCAACUUAGUCUAUACGCCGAAGCAAGGGCCGCAGUCCAAGAAGCCGGACUUUCAUCCGUCAUCUCAAACGAUGCCGUCGUUAUUUACGAUGCACAGUCGGGAGACUCAUCACUAGGCCAAAAGACACUUUCAGACAUAAAUGGAGAGUUUGGUCAUCUCACGGUCUGUUCACCUUCACAAGUCCCUGCCGCUAAUGGACGUCUGGCGAAUGGAUACGACAGCUCAGUCUUUGUCAAGCGUCUUGGGAGAGCCACGAAAUUUGCUAUUAUUCGACCUGACUUUUUUGUCUUUGCUUGUGCUUCUGACUAUGCUGGGCUGGUCAACUCGCUGAACUCGUUGAGAAGUUUUAUUGGGUUCUGCAGGAAUAAAUAG